CCAGGGGGCGCGCCGGGCGCGGGGCGGGCUGCGGCGAGCGCGGCCAUGGCGGUGCUGCUGGAGACCACGGUGGGCGACCUGGUCAUCGACCUGUACACGGAGGAGCGGCCCCGCGCUUGUCUGAAUUUCCUGAAGCUCUGCAAAGUCAAGUAUUACAACUAUUGUCUUAUUUAUAAUGUACAGAGGGAUUUUAUUAUACAAACUGGUGACCCCAUGGGAACUGGUCGUGGAGGAGAAUCCAUAUUUUGUCAACUGUAUGGUGAUCAAGCCAGAUUUUUUGAGGCAGAAAAAGUGCCGAGAAUCAAGCACAAGAAGAAAGGAACUGUGUCAAUGGUGAACAACGGCAGUGAUCAGCAUGGAUCACAGUUCCUCAUUACCACAGGGGAAAACCUGGAUUACCUUGAUGGUGUACAUACAGUAUUUGGAGAAGUGACAGAAGGCAUGGAUGUAUUGAAGACAAUUAAUGAAACCUUUGUAGAUAAGGAUUUUAUCCCAUAUCAAGAUAUCAGGAUAAAUCAUACAGUAAUUUUAGAUGAUCCCUUUGAUGAUCCACCUGGCUUGUGCGUUCCUGACCGCUCACCGGAACCUACAAAGGAACAGCUCGACAGUGGCAGAAUAGGAGCAGAUGAAGAAAUUGAUGACAUGAAAGGACGGUCUGCAGAAGAAAUAGAAGAAGUUCAGGCAGAAAAAGAAGCAAAAACUCGUGCCAUUCUUCUGGAAAUGGUGGGAGACUUGCCAGAUGCAGACAUCAAGCCACCAGAAAAUGUCCUUUUUGUUUGUAAACUGAAUCCUGUGACCACAGGUGAAGACCUGGAGAUUAUAUUUUCACGAUUUGGUCCCAUUAAAAGCUGUGAAGUGAUCCGAGACUGGAAGACUGGUGAAUCUCUUUGUUAUGCUUUCAUUGAGUUUGAAAAGGAGGAAGACUGCGAGAAAGCCUACUUCAAGAUGGACAAUGUGCUGAUAGAUGACAGACGGAUACAUGUGGAUUUUAGCCAAUCUGUUGCAAAGAUUAAAUGGAAGGGAAAAGGUGGGCGGUAUACCAAGGAAGAUUUCAAGGACUAUGAGAAGGAACGUGACAAACCUUCAAAAUUUGCUCUGAAAGAAAAGGCCAAACCAAAGCAAGAUGCCAAGUAUGACCUUGUGCUGGAUGAGGAUGUAGAAGAGUCUCACACAAGUCAGUCGCACUUGGCUAAAAAACAGAAGAAGAAAAAGCACCACCACUCCGAAGAUGAGGAUGAUGACAAGAGGACCAAAAAAUCUAAGGAUUCUGACCGGAAGCACGAAGAGCGCUGCAGGGAGAGGAGCAAGAGUGAGAAGAAAGACCGGCAUCGGAGCCGCAGCCGCUCUCAGGAGAGAGAUUACACUUACAGCAGGCAAAAGGACAAAUACAGAGAAGACAGCCGAGUAAGAGACUGGGAUAAAAAAGCAGACAGAAGCAGAAGUCCUAAGAAAUCAAAAGACAAAGAGAGAUCCAAAUACAGAUGAAAGACAAGGAAAAUACAGAGGGGCACUAAAAUAAUAAAUUUAAUUUUUUUCUUU